AUGGUGCACUUAAAAAAUAUUUUUAAAGGAACCUUUGUUGAAAUUGUUGGAAAAUAUACACAAGAACUAAGAGUACUUGGGCUGAGAAUUUUGGAUUUAAUUUCUGAAGGGUUGUCGCUAGGCCCAAAUUACUUUGUUGGAGAACUAAGUGAAAAUCCAGUAGUGAUAUCUCACCACUACCCUCCUUGCCCAGAACCAAGUUUAACAUUGGGAGCAUCAAAACAUAAAGAUCCAAACAUUCUAACCAUUCUUUUCCAAGAACCAAAUAUCACUGCACUCCAAGUCUUGAAAGAUGGGGCAUGGAUUCCUGUUGAGCCAAUUCCUAAUGCCUUUGUAGUUAAUAUGGGAUUUAUGCUUCAGGUAAUUACCAAUGGAAGGCUCAUAGGUGCUGAACAUCGAGUUAUAACAAAUGCAAGCCCUAGUAGGCACACUAUUGCCUAUUUCAUUAAUCCAAGUAAAGAAGCCAUUAUAGGACCUGCAAAGUCUCUUAUAAGUUCAACUUCACCACCCAUAUAUCCAUCAAUGGCAUUUGGAGAAUUGUUGCAGAAUUUUUUGAACAAGGCACUAGACUUUGCAAAAGAGUUCAAUUGUUUGUCUUAUCUUUACUUCCCUUGUUCAACUUUCGCUCUUUCGUUUGUUUUACAUUUGCCAAUACUUGAUGAAGAAGUUUCAUGUGAAUACAAAGAUUUACAAGAACCUCUAAGGUUACAAGGAUGUGUACCUAUCAAUGGUAUUGAUUUUUCAACAGCAACAAAAGAUAGAUCAAAUAUAGCUUACAAAACUGUUCUUCAACGUGCAAAAAGUAUAAUCAAAUACUAUAAAAGCAUUAGAACAAAAGUUUCUUGGAAAAAUCAGUUUUUUCAAGUAGGGCCCAUCACACAAAUAGUAUCAUGUAACAAUGAUGGUUUUGUUGAUGAUUUAGAAUGUUUAAAAUGGUUGAAAAAGCAACCUCAAAAUUCUGUUUUAUAUGUUUCUUUUGGAAGUGGUGGAACACUUUCUCAAAGGCAAAUCAAUGAGCUAGCUUUUGGUUUGGAAUUGAGUGAUCAAAGAUUCAUUUGGGUUGUGAGAGGACCAAGUGAUUCUGUUAGUGCUACUUAUCUUGAAGAUGCAAAUGAUGAUGACCCUUUGAAAUUUUUACCAAAAGGGAUUGUAGAAAGGACAAAAGGAAAAGGUUUUAUUUUGCCAUCAUGGGCACCUCAAGUUGAAAUACUUAAGCAUAAUUCAGUUGGUGGGUUUUUGAGUCAUUGUGGUUGGAAUUCAAUUUUGGAGAGUAUACAAGAGGGGGUGCCAAUAGUAGCUUGGCCUUUGUUUGCAGAACAAGCAAUGAAUGCUGUUAUGUUAAGUGAUGGUCUUAAAGUGGCAAUAAGGUUGAAAUUUGAAGAUGAUGAGAUUGUGGAAAAAGAUGAAAUUGCAAAAGUGGUUAAGUGUGUGAUGGAUGGGGAAGAAGGUAAGGAAAUGCGCGAUAGAAUGAAGAGUUUAAAAGAUUCGGCUAAAAAAGCAUUGAAAGAUGACGGUUCUUCAAUAAAGAGUUUGUCUCAGCUGGCUACUCAAUUGGAAUGUUUUGGUGGAAUUUAG